AUGUUCCCCGAUGAGCUCAAGGGACUGACGCCGGUCGAAGAGAAGCUCAUCUCGCUGAACUCAUGUUACGGGCAUGUCAGGGGCCACAUCACAGUGUUUCCGAACAAUGUGCAGGAGCUGGCCACCAAAGUGCUCCCGCACCCCUUUGCAAGCACUGUACGAGAUCCACAUCUCGUGGCAGGGCGCGGAGAAGCCGGCACCGAGCGACCUGUCGAGUCUCUUGUCGGUGAGGCGGCGGGUGGUCGAGAGGGCCCUUGUCUGGCUGAAGCGGAACAACCCCACUACGCCGAGAUCGAGAUCGACGCGGCGGAGAUGGAGAGCUGGGAGACUCGAUACACGGGGUACCGUCCGCGGACGGCGCACGUUGUGCCGCCCACGGAACGCGCCGUGGACGAGGAGGGGCCGGUGGAGAUCGAGGAGCUCUUCGCCCUGCUCAACCAAGGACAAGAAGCCGGCGGCCAGGGUGAAGGUCACGGGCCCAACGGAGAAGGCGCGGUUCGCGAUGGAAGUGACGCCUGCCCCGACCAGAACGUUCCAGCGAUCAACGAGGUGACGUCUUCUGGCAUGUUCGCGCUCGACGGACCGCCAGACGUCGCGGACGUGGAGAAGCUGCAGUUUGCCUGUGACGCUGUUGGUGAAGGUGCCGACGACGGCCGUGCGGGCCCGAGAGCGUGGGUCGGGUCCCUAGCCGGGGGGGUUCGGGGGCGUGGCGACGGUGGUUGUGAGCCAUACAUCCGGGUUUCGCGGGGUGAGUUUACCGAUUCCUUUGAGGCGUCCUUCUUUGCCAGGACGUUCCCGACCCUGUUCCCAUUUGGCGUUGGGGACCAAGAAAGGCUAGCGGCGGCGAGGGUCGAGUUGGAGAGCUCGGGUAAGACGACCGAUGGUGACGUGAAGGAGCUUCUCAGGAGCCUCUCGCUUUACGGCCACCGGCAGCCCAUGUCGGGAGGGGUCCGUCUCAAUAUGCGGCGGAAAAUCCAGUCGCUCAUCGUCGGAUAUGGCGUGCCGGCCAUCUGGUUCACCAUCAACCCGAACGACAUUACGAACCCGGUGAAGCUGCGACUGGCGGCAUACCGCACACGCGAUCCCGACGCGGCCGAGGAGUUCUUAGAAGGCCUUGGGGAUGCGUAUAAGCGGGCACGGCUGGCGAUAUCGGAUCCCAUGAGCUCGGCCGUGUUCUUCCACCGCGAGAUGAAGCUGUUCUUCGAUCAUUACGUGAAGGUCGGUGAAGAGUCGGUAUUCGGGCGCAUCGGCAAGUACUAUGGCGCCGUGGAGACGAACGAACGAGGGGCGCUUCAUGUUCACGGCUUGCUCUGGCUGCACGGGAACGCGCAUCUCAGCUCGAUGCUUGCCGACAUCCACGGGGAGGAUCAGGCGGCGUAUCGCGAGCGAAUCGUCCGAUACAUCGAUAGCGUCUUCUCAGAGGAUCUGGACCAGGAAAGUUUUUGCGCCGUGCAAGCGGAGCGAUCUGUGACGGGCGGUAUUGGUUCCCUGCUGGACAACGCCGCGCAGUUCUCGGCCGCGUUUAUCGAGGAGGCCAACUUCUGUGCCGGCGCGACGCAGGAGGGCGGAAAGGGAGCUCUGCCGGUUCAAGGCGCCAUGGAGAUCCGGAGGACACACAGCAUGGUCAAUCGAUGGAACGAGGCUAUUGCUGUCGGGCUCCGGCACAACCAUGAUAUUUCCUUCAUUGCGACGCAGCGCAAGACAAUGGCCCUCAUCUAUUAUGUCACGAACUACGCGACCAAGGUGGAGGACCCGGUGUGGAAGCGUGUGGCGGCCGCGGCCGAGCUCCUGGCCGCCUCAACAGGGAACAGGACGCGACAGUUCCUGAUGAGAGUGGCGAACCGCGUGUUCACGGAGCGUCCGCUAUCACAGGUCGAGGUCGUCGCUCACCUUCUCGGAUAUCCGGCCGAGUUCACCGACAGCAGCGCGUGGGCGUACCUGAACUGUUCUCUGCUGUACUGGGAAGUCUUUCGGCGAUGGCGGCAUCUCCGAGAAGCCAGUGGCGCUGCGGCUACGGAUGACACCUUGGAUGAGUCGGUGCUCAGGCGGCCGGGCAAGCACGCUACCGUCUGCCUCGACGGCUACCUGAGCAAGGACUUCACCUACGAUGACGAGUCGUGCUACCGGAGGGCAGCCGUGCAGCAUCUUGCGCUGUUCGUGCCGUGGAGUCCUUCCUGGGCGAAGGAACAGCUGCUUCGACGAUCCGCCGAAGACGCAAAACGCGACGCCAAGCAAUGGGCAGCCUCGUCCGGCGAUGGCGACCCGACGGUCGCACACGUCGAGGAGGGUGGAGCAGGCGAGGCGGGCGCGGAGUCUGCAGCGACAUAUCAGCCCAACAGCAUCGGAGACGCAACGCGGCUCAUCGACGUCGUCCGAGGUGCAGUGGGAGCGAAUCAGGUGACGGCCAAGUCGCCGGAGCUCAUGGCAAUGAUACAGCAGCUCUGUCGGUUUCAGCAAUCGGCGCUGCGCUCGACGGCCGAGCUCGAGGCCACGGCGCUGAUCGAACGAGGGGAGAGGGGUUAA